AUGGAAAAACAAAGGAUUUUUGUUUCUAUAAUAGCAAUUCUUUUACUUGCAUUACAUGUGAGUAGCAAUUAUACAGAAGAAGAAGAAAGUGACAGAAUUGAAGCUCUACCAGGCCAACCCAAAGUCACAUUUCAGCAGUUUUCUGGUUAUGUUACUGUCAAUGAAGUUGCAGGUAGAGCCCUCUUUUACUGGCUUACUGAGGCAAUUCAAGAUCCUUUGGAGAAACCCCUAGUUGUUUGGCUCAAUGGAGGUCCUGGAUGCUCAUCUGUGGCGUAUGGUGCAUCAGAAGAAGUAGGGCCGUUUAGGAUCAACAAGACGGCCUCAGGUUUAUACCUCAACAAAUUUUCUUGGAACAAAUUGGCAAACUUAUUGUUCCUAGAAACUCCAGCCGGGGUUGGCUUCUCUUAUAGCAACACCUCUUCUGAUCUUCUCAACACUGGGGAUCGCCUUACUGCCAAAGACUCACUGCAAUUUCUUAUCCGAUGGAUGAAGCGAUUCCCACGAUACAAAAACCGAGAUGUUUAUGUGACAGGAGAGAGCUACGCUGGCCAUUAUGUACCUCAGUUGGCUCGAGAAAUAGUGAAUCAUAACGCUAAGGCAAAGCACAAAAUAAAUCUCAAGGGAUUUAUGGUGGGGAAUGCAGUCACGGAUAACUAUUAUGAUAACUUGGGGACAGUGACAUACUGGUGGAGCCAUGCUAUGAUCUCCGAUAAGACGUACCAUCAACUCAUCAGCACCUGCGAUUUCAGGCAACAAAAGGAAUCGAACGAGUGUGAAUCACUAUACUAUUACGCCAUGGAUCAAGAAUUCGGAAAUAUUGAUCAGUACAACAUUUAUGCCCCACCUUGCAACAAUUCCGAUGGUAGUACUGGUGCAACCCGUCGGACAAUGCAUUUGCCCCAUAGACCUCACCGAGUUUUUAAAGAGCUAUCAGGGUAUGAUCCUUGUACAGAGAAAUAUGCUGAAAUAUAUUACAAUAGGCCUGAUGUUCAAAAAGCCCUACAUGCAAACACAACCAGAAUUCCAUACAAAUGGACUUCUUGCAGUGAAACUCUGAAUCGCAAUUGGAAGGACACGGAUGACUCGAUUCUUCCAAUAUAUAAAGAACUAAUUGCAGCUGGAUUGCGAAUUUGGGUUUUUAGUGGGGAUGUAGACUCAGUUGUACCAGUAACAGCCACUAGGUAUUCUCUGGCACAACUUAAGUUAGACACCACCAUUCCUUGGUAUCCUUGGUAUGUCAAGAAACAGGUGGGAGGUUGGACAGAGGUAUAUAAAGGGCUAACUUUCGCAACGGUUCGAGGUGCGGGUCAUGAGGUCCCGCUUUUCAAGCCUAGAGCUGCCUUUCAACUUCUCAGAUCAUUUUUGCAAGGGGAGCCAUUGCCCAAAAAAACGUAG